AUGCCGUUCGGAAACACCCACAACAAGUUCAAGCUGAACUAUAAGCCCGAAGAGGAGUACCCGGACCUCACCAAACAUAAUAACCACAUGGCCAAGGCGCUGACCCUCGACAUCUACAAGAAGCUGAGGGACAAGGAGACGCCGUCGGGCUUCACCCUGGACGAUGUCAUCCAGACGGGUGUGGACAACCCCGGUCACCCCUUCAUCAUGACUGUGGGCUGUGUAGCCGGCGAUGAGGAGUCCUACCACGUUUUCAAGGACCUCUUCGACCCCAUCAUCCACGACCGGCACGGGGGCUACAAACCCACAGACAAGCACAAGACGGACCUCAACCAUGAGAACCUCAAGGGUGGAGACGACCUGGACCCGCACUAUGUGCUCAGCAGCCGAGUGCGCACGGGACGCAGCAUCAAGGGCUACACGCUGCCCCCCCACUGCUCCCGUGGCGAGCGCAGGGCCGUGGAGAAGCUCUCCGUGGAAGCCCUCAACAGCCUGACGGGUGAGUUCAAGGGCAAAUACUACCCGCUGAAGAGCAUGACUGAACAGGAGCAGCAGCAGCUCAUCGACGACCACUUCCUGUUCGACAAGCCCGUGUCCCCGUUGCUGCUGGCCUCAGGCAUGGCCCGUGACUGGCCUGACGCCCGUGGCAUCUGGCACAAUGAAAACAAGACCUUCCUGGUGUGGGUGAACGAGGAGGACCAUCUCCGGGUCAUCUCCAUGGAGAAGGGUGGGAACAUGAAGGAGGUUUUCCGCCGCUUCUGCGUGGGGCUGCAGAAGAUCGAGGAGAUCUUCAAGAAAGCCGGCCACCCGUUCAUGUGGAACGAGCACUUGGGCUACGUGCUCACCUGCCCGUCCAAUCUGGGCACCGGGCUGCGUGGAGGCGUGCACGUGAAGCUGGCGCACCUGAGCAAGCACCCCAAAUUUGAGGAGAUCCUCACCCGCCUGCGCCUGCAGAAGCGAGGCACAGGUGGCGUGGACACCGCCGCCGUGGGCUCAGUGUUCGACGUGUCCAACGCCGAUCGGCUGGGCUCGUCGGAAGUAGAACAGGUGCAGCUGGUGGUGGACGGUGUGAAGCUCAUGGUGGAGAUGGAGAAGAAGCUGGAGAAGGGUGGAUCCAUCGAUGACAUGAUCCCCGCCCAGAAGUAG